AAAAAAUGAAUAAUAUUGAAGCAAAUGCCAAAACUUAAUAAGCUAAAGCAAGAUUAAAGGCUGCUAGAUCUAUUUUUGAAUUAGCAGACACUAAUAAAGAUGGAUACAUUACCUAUGAUGAAGUAAUAUUAAAUAAUAUUAUAUAGGUACCGAAAUUGUUAAUUGAAACAAAUAAAUUGAUUUCAGAUGAGAAAUAUGAGCCAACAAAAGAAGAAAUAGAAAGUUGGAUUAGUAUGACAGAUCUAAAUAAGGAUAAAUAAGUUAGUCUUAAUGAAUUUUAAGUUUUAAUAUUAAAAACUCUUUAAAUAUAAGGUAUUGAUUUAGAAGGAUAAUGA